AUGCUCAAGAGCUGCGGUGGCACAGUGAACGGACAUGAUCUAUUGGAUGAUCAUCUCCUUGUCGAUGGUAUCACUGUCAAUCGUGGGGGCAGGCAAGCUGAUAGGUUAGCUUCCCCACGGAUAAUCCGUCCUGCAUACACAGAUACUCGGUACGGAGUACGGAGUUAUCCACGUAUCUGCCAUCACUACGCGGGAGCAGGAGAAUCCGAAGCAUGCCUGACUAUCCUUCUUGAGGCACCGGCACGGCGGUCCCUAUGGGGAGAUAUGUGGAUCUUGGAUUCCCGCCCGCUGGGGUCUCCCUUCGUUUCCCGUUUCUGGGUUUUGAUGCCAACCUGCCUUAUCCCUGGAGUUGGGCAAUGUAUGAUUGCUGGUGCCGCUUUAUCCUUACUCGACAUUACUGUGGAGCUUGUGAGUGGUUCACUUGCAUUUUCUAGGUUCGUAGUUGGUACAAGAAUGCAAGCGCAAGAGGGAGAAGGAGGGGCGGGGGAAGGGGCCGGAAAGUGGAAACGCAGCACGGGAUGGAUGAAGUUGCCUAGGACUGCCACGGCUCCAUCCCACGGUAAGAGAUUGGAAGGUAUCAAUGAUGCUUCGAAGCAUGGCAAUGCUUGGAGUUCCUCAUGGCGCACGCUUCUGGACUACGACACCUUGAUACCCAAGGUAGUACCAAGGCGGCGGCGGCAGCAGCAGCAGCAGGAGGAGUUUGAAGAAGCGGUCAAAGAGCUUCUCUAUUUCUCUCGAGCGGAUAGAGAGGACAAAGACAAUAGGCAGCUUAUGGUAACGGCCGUGAACGGGGCACUAGCAGAUCAAACUACAGGCACUUAUGUACCACCUGCCUACCAAGUUGGCGAUGCUGCUAUCGUCGUCCUAUCAUCUAACCAUCAGCCAAUUCAAGUUUUUUACACUCAAUCUAUCCCUGGCCCUGCCAUUGAAUGGUGGGCUCGCGUUCUGACCACGACUCUUUGA